GACAGCUCCGCUACCGGCUGCAGAACUUCCCGGAAGCGAGAGGAGCAGAAGCGGCUCUGCUAUUUGUCGGCCUAGACUCUUCGGGGUCUCAGGCGCGACGUUUGUGGAAACUGGGUCCUUGGCGAAGGGAGGACGAUGUACCGGAAGAGCGCCGGCGGCAGCGGCCUAAAGUAAGUCUAAGGCCGUGCGAGCGAAGUCGUCGUCGCCGCCGCCGAGUCAGCCCCGGCGCCCGGUUCCCUCGGCGCCCGUCCGGCUGGCCCCGCAGCUCUGGCCCCGUCAGGCUCCUUUUCUCUGCGCUGCGGCGGGCGGAGGCGGCGGAAAGAAAAGCCUAUGGAAGGGAACCGGGACGAGGCGGAAAAAUGCAUCGGAAUCGCACGAGAGGCCCUGGAAACCGGGAACCGGGAACGGGCGCUGCGCUUCCUCAGUAAGGCCCAGAAGCUCUAUCCGACGGAGACCGCCAAGGUAUUAUUGGAGGCAAUUAUGAAGAAUGGGAGUACAGCUGGAAAUGGUACUCACUGUCGAAAACCAGCAAAUAAAAAUGAUAAAAGUAAAAUUAACAACAUGAAGGACAACAGUGCAUCUGCUGCAGGUGAAGUUGGGAAGACUUACACCAAGGAGCAAAUUGAAGGAGUACAAAGCAUAAAAAAAUGUAAAAAUUACUAUGAGGUCCUUGGAGUGUCAAAAGAUGCAGGUGAAGAAGACUUGAAGAAAGCUUACAGAAAGCUUGCUCUGAAGUUUCAUCCUGACAAAAAUCACGCACCAGGAGCAACGGAAGCUUUUAAAAAAAUUGGCAACUCUUAUGCUGUGUUAAGUAAUCCAGAAAAACGCAAACAGUACGAUCUUACAGGCAGCGAAGACCCCUGCAAUCAACCAGGCAGUGGUAGAUUUAAUUUCCACAGGGGAUGUGAAGCCGAUAUUACCCCAGAGGACCUCUUCAACAUGUUCUUUGGAGGAGCCUUUCCAACAGGAAGUGUACAUUCUUUUUCUAACGGACGGUCUGGAUAUAGUCACCAUAAUCAGCAUCGUCAUAGCGGACACGAAAGAGAAGAGGAAAGGGGUGAUGGGGGGUUCUCCAUGUUCAUUCAGUUGAUGCCAAUUAUUGUGCUGAUCCUUGUUUCUUUACUUAGCCAGUUGAUGGUAUCCAAUCCUCCUUAUUCCUUAUAUCCAAGAUCGAGUUCAGGGCAGACAAUCCAGAUGCAGACAGAAAAUCUGGGUGUGGUUUAUUAUGUCAACAAGGACUUUAAAAAUGAAUACAAAGGUCCAAAUUUGCAAAAGGUGGAAAAGAGUGUGGAAGAAGACUAUGUCUCAAAUAUUCGAAAUAACUGUUGGAAAGAAAGACAACAAAGUAAAAACCGAUUUACUCUAUGCAGCAAAAGUAUAUCGGGAUGAUCGCCUACGAAAGAAAGCAGAAGCUAUUUCCAUGGACAACUGCAAAGAGCUAGAACGAUUAACCAGCAUCUAUCGAGGAGGAUGAGCUAAAUUUUUGACCUAUAUUGCUUGACGUACAUGCUUUCUAAGAAAAAUACUAUUUCAUCAUGACAAGUGAAAAGGAGAGAUGUAAAAAAUUCACUCUGUAGCUAUUUCCAAAAACCUUACCCUAAAGUUUCAAUAUUAUUUAAUAGCCUCUUUAUGUAGUCUGAAAUAAAGGACAAAGAUGGUUUACAUCAUUGAAUUGUUCUUUAUAUUUUACUCCCAAAACCUCUGUGAACUUUUCCACAAGAAAGAAAACAUUUUGGACAAGCUGCUCCACUAGAGACGUAGAAGUAGUGGUUCUCUUAUUAUACUUGGCAUGUAAAUAUAUGUGAGACAAUUACUUAUAUGUAUAUAAAAUGUUUAUGGACAUCUGAAGGCAUUUAGAAUAUUAAAAGUUUUAAUAGGUGGAAUACAUAAUAUGACUACAUUAUUACUUAUUCAGAUGUCAGGUAUAUGGAACUAAAGAAAUAGAGGUUUUAGGUUUCUUUUUUCAUUUAUUUUCUCCUCGUUAACAAAAUUAAGAUCUAUGCUGGAAAAGAGAAAUGUUGUAUAUUGAAUGUACAUGAGUUCCUAAUAGCAGAAUAUUUUGGUGUUCCAAAAGAAAUCAGUUAAGCAAAAGCUGCUUUUCAAACUCCUCAGUUUGAUUUUUAUUUUUUUAAAAAUAAUCAUUCAAUAAUUUUGGAGUGUUUUUAACCAGCUCCAGGUCCUGUUUUGCUAUCAGAAGUUGGUUAAGAAAGUUAUUCUUAAAGUUCAGCCUUGUGCCUUUGUUUUGUGGUUACUUGGUUCACCUUAUUUCUGAAUUAUUAUCAAUACUAAUAGAAGCCAUGGUCUUGUUCAAGGAUGUGAGUUAAAAUCAUAAUAUAUCUUCUUCAGGCCAUAUGUAUAUGAAGGGUAGAACUAAUGAUAAAAGUGAUCUGCUUCUAAAGAUCAUAUAUGAAAUAUUGCUUAUAUAAUCACUUUUGCCAGUUUAAAUUUAAUGUGAUUUUGCAAGAAUUAAAGACAAGACUUGGAAUUUCAGAAAUGAAUUUGUAUGUUUAUAAGCUACCAUAUAAUUAAUAUGGAAAAAUAUUUAUUUUUAUUAAUUUGUAUACUUUGUUCUAAGGGCAGCCAAUGUGGGAAAGAUUAGAAAGUAGCUUUCAAAUGAAUCAGCAGAUCAUUGUAAUAUAAAGAUGCCAUUUUUAAUUGAAAGAUGGUACUUCAGAAUAAUUUCAUUGAAACAACUUGCAUUGUGAUCUGUUGCAUAUAAAGUUUAGUUUUGAAAACUUGUAAUUUGUCAUAGGUGGCGUUUAAAUUGCUUAGUCUUGACUCAUAAGGUCACACGAACAGUUUCAUUAUUGCUAUGGAACAAAAGCCCAACCAAUAUGUGAAGGGCUUUUCUUUUAAACAGAUAAUUAUAAAGCCACAUUAUUUCAGAACUAUUUUAAUAGUACUUCAACGUUUUUUGUAAAAAGAGAAAAAUGUAAAAUGAGUUUUGGAUUUAAAAAAACGUUCUGGGAACAUUCCCAUCAUAGCAUUUUUAGUUAGCAAGUUUCUUUGUUGUUCUGAAUUAAUUUCAAAAUGAAAUUCAGUUAUGAGCUUCACUGAAAAAAGCAAGCCUACUGUAAUCUAUUUUCCCUCAUCUGCAAUCAAAUUGUUGAACAAAUAGUAUAUAUAAGAUUCUGUCAAACUAUUUUAGUUAUGUCUUCAGUUUUAUAGAGGAAUAAACAAUACAGAUUCCCUGUAAUUUUAGUUAUCUAUUUCAUUAAUGAAUUUGAUUUAUUUUGAAGAUCACUCAGGCUUCAUAGAGUUGCAGAAUUAUUUUUUUAAUCUUAUGCUGAAAUUACAGGUACCAUUAUCAUUUUAAGUUCUAUACGAACGCACCAGCGUUGGUCUCUGACCCUUCCUUAUAGGAAGAAAUGAUAAAGGAUAGAAAUAGCAAAAUAAAGUAAUGGUAAAUCAAAUUUUUAAAAUUUGAAUAUUCAAAAUUUUGUAAUUUGGUUCUAAAAUCAAUUUAGGUAUCCCAACAUCUCAUAAAUGAUCAUUUAAUUCCAAGUAAAUAUGUUAUUAUGAAUUCUAUGUUUUCUGUAAAUUAAUGAUUGCAAAAGUAGAUAGUUUUAUAACAUCCACACAUGAUUAUUUUUAUUUGAAUUUCACUGAUAUUGGAACAGCACAGAAGCCUAAUUAAAUGUUGUGUGAUAAAUUUGUGCAAUAGCAUGCUCAAAAAUCAUUAAGCAAACUUGGACAAAUCAAGUAAUCCAAAGUUAAAUGCAUUCAUGAUACAGGAAUUUAACAGAUUCUGCACAGAGAUUUAUGAUUGAGACCUUAGUUGGCCAAUAACGCGCAUACACAGCUAUUGAGAAUGUCAGAGGGUGCUCUAGGAGCAUUUUACAUUUGUAUAAGUCUCUGGCCAAGCAAUCAGAGCCUGAACUGGGAUAAACUGAAGCUCAAACUUGGGGGGAGGGGGAAUGGAGGGAUAAGAAAGCUUUCAAAACCUGAAGUUUAACCAGUAGGUAAGCUGAAUGAAGAUAAAAGAAACUUCUAUGGUCAUCAAAAAUACUUGGUAACUUUCAUUUGGUAGUUGAUUUUCAAGAUUUUCAUUUAACAUUUCCAUAGUGAAUCCAUGGGCUUAGAUCUAAAGGUGCAUUUUCUCUAGGAAGUUGUAUUUUAAAGUGACACUCCUCUUUAUAUUGAUUCUCCUCACCUGCUGCACCUCAUAAUAUACUUCAUCUUAAUCUCUUAAGAGCAGGUGUUUGGGAAAUUGCUAGUAAGAGUAGUAGAAAGCCUGCUUGUUCAAAUUGUGUCUCUUAAUCCAAAGCCCAAGUAAAACUUGGUGAAAUUAGUGGAACUUUUUCUCAAAUAAUAUGUGAGUUUUGGAUCUCCAAGGGUGAACUACUAGUUCAUAACAGACUAAUUAGCCCUAUUAGUUUAUAUGCAAACAAUAUACUAGAAUGUUUAUACUUAUGAAUUGUAUUUAUCCCUCUGGUUAGGAAUAAGGAUAUAGAAAAUUAUGUUGAUUAUUUGCAUCAUACCUUCCUUUAGGUUUCUAGAAUUGGGAUAAUAUUUGCUUUAUAUGAAAUUGGUAUAUAAUUAAGCUUCAACUUUCAAGAACAUUUAUUCUCCUAGAAGUAUUUUCCUCUAGGAUUAAUAAGUGGAAAGCAUAUUAAAUAGUAUUAGUAAUGAUGGAAAACAUGGACAGUAUUUCACUUUAAACAUAGCUUUCAACUAUAAUUUUAACCAGGAUUUAUAAUGACAUUUUACUAAAAGUUUUAUCUUCAUUAUUAAGAAAGUCUGUUCUUUCACACUCCAAUUUAAUUGGACUAUAACCUGAUCGCUUUGCACUUUUUAUUUUUAGUUGAAAAUAGCCACAAGGGCUAUAAAUUUGAUGACAGAAUUUUGCCAGGUACAGAAGUGUUAAAUCAUUUCCAUGAACACCCGAAUCUCAAUCUACUCGUUUUAUUACCAAAUCAUGUUUUUAAGUUUUGGAAGAAAAAAAAGUGGUUUAGUUAAACAACAAAGGAAAAAUAAUUUUAAAAAGUCUUUCACCAUCACAGCUAUUCCAACCAAAGAUGAAGCUUCUUUUGAAUGAACAAAAAGUUGGAAGAUAUGUUUAUAGUUCUCUUAUAAAUUUGUCCAGUUCUGUUUUCCGUACUACAGGUUACUUAAGUUUGGGACACUUGGUUAAGACAUUUUUAAUUCCUUUGGCCUAAAUGUUUCAUGAGUGGAAGGGUUACUGGCUUCUUUUAAGUUGCUUUGAUAUAUUAAAAAAAAAAUUGCAAGCUCUUUUUUCUUUCUUUAGAAUGUCAGUUGGAUACAUUACAAUCUCUGUUUCACUGCUUUAAACAGUGCAGUAUACAACAGUUUCCAGUUUUCAAGGCAUUAGGUAUAACUACACCAGACAAUGUGGUUAUGAUUUAAUGAGCCAUAAUUCUUAACAAAGCCCAAAUAGGCUUCCUCUGUUAAAAAAUACAAAACUUUCUUAUUAAAAAUAAUUUAAAACAAAUAUCAAAAGCUCUCUUCUAAUAUGGCAAGAAACAAUCCAUCAAAGUAAAUGGAGCAAUUGAGGGAAAAUCAUAUCUAAUAGGCAGAUCUUGCAGUACAAGAAUUAUUUUCAAGAAUAAAAAUUCUAUUAAUAGCAACCUUACAUGAAAGUUUAAGCAUAUUCUAAAACAUGGAUGAUUGCUUUUUGUGAACACAAAUCAACUGCUGAGGUUUCUGGAUGGGCUUUUCCAAAUCAGCCCCAUGGAAAUUAAUACAGGUUGCUCUACAAAAGUGCCUAAUAAAUUAGGGCCCCAAAGAUUCAGAUUAUCUAUAGCCUAUGUAAUAUUAAUAUUACAACAGCUUUUCUGAUUUGCAAAAUAACGGCAUGCCUCUAGAUAAUAUGCCAGCUUUGUUACAAUUUUGAUUUAAAAAUUAUAUGCCUUACAUUAAGGAUUAUGUUAAGGUUGCAUAUUUAUAUUUAUUUAUUUUUGUUAGCUUAUGUGUUUUCUUUUCACUGCACCAAAGUCUUUUGGUUUGGGAACUGCUGCUCUUAUAAAUGACUAUGUAUGCAUCUGUGUAUUGCUGUAUUUCCUAGCAUCAUACCUCUAACUUGUGAUUGUAUAAUAUUGUAUGACUAAAUAUGUCCAGAGAGUAGCACAAGUAGUAGGGAUUUGGAUGUCAUAACAAGAAAAAAUGCCUGGAAAUUGCCAUUCCUUUUCUUUCCUUGAUAAUCUUGCCCACUUUCAAUUGGGAUACAUUAGUUGAGAGGUGAGGUCUGAACCUUCACUGCAAUGAGACUGUCUUGGCUUAUGUCUUUGCUUCCACAUAAUGCAUAUAAGGAGACAUGAGCAAAAUUUGUUGAUCACUUGCAAAUAGAAAAUUAAAAAACAGAAACUGCCUUAAUGGUGGGUUGCUCACUGCAAAGGUUGUGUGCAAAUUCAUCAGUAAAUAUUAGCGAUGCUCAUAAUGAUAGUUUGCAAUAAGAGCUUCUAUCUAUGGCUUCAUAUCAUGUAAUUAGCCAAUUUUAGUGCUAGUUCAGGUUCUUCAGAUAUGUUCAAAUGUCUGUACGUCUCUAUAUGGGAGGACAUACUGGAUGAUAUACAAUCAGAACUAAGAACAAGUCCAUUCUUUUUUCCGAAAUUUCUGUCAAAAUCUGUUCUAGACAAAUUUCCUGGGGGAGAUAUUCAUGUAGCACAGAGGAAGAAAAAAGUUUGGUUGUAGGAGCAAACCUCUGCUCAUGAAAAUUAAGAUUUUACCCUCUAGUUCUUACAGAAUCUGUUAAUUAAAACCUGUGUGGAUUUGCUUUUUUCUAAAAACUAUACAUAUUUUCCAUUUGAAUAAAGUUAAAUAAUAGAGAUGUCUUACCAACAGACAUUUCUUAACUGUUUGCUAAUCUUUCACAAAGCAAUCUGAUAACAACUACAGUUUGCUCAUAAGUUUUUAUAAAACUUGAUUAAAUAUGCAAGUUUCAGUUGGCGGGGGCUCCGCGAGUAUAAAUUUAUUGUCAAGUAAAUACAUUUAGAAUUUGCUUGACCUGUUCUGUCUGCUUUAAAAAUCUAAAUGGACUUCAGUGUUAAUUCUUGGAAGACCUGAUAAUGUUUAAAAUUAAGCUUUAAAAAUCUAUCAAAGAUGCCCAGUAACAAAAAUCCUUUAAAAUUUAGAAUGGCAUCUUACAAAAGAGAUCUUAUUUUAUUUAUCUGUACAUUUAUGGUUAGGAAUAAACAAAAUUUUAAUUUGUAAUGUACCUAAUAUCUGACUUAUAUCAAAAUAAAACUAUUUUCAGUGUGAA